GCAGCAGACAGUACAGGCCUGAUGACAGCGGUAGCAACGACCCCUGACUGUGUGCUGGAAACACCUACAGUCUUUACAACAACAUCCCCUGCAAAGUGUCUGAUGCCCGAGAUUGUACCGUGCAGUCAACCUUCUGGGCCGUGAGUACCGUGUGAGUGUUUCGUGUAGCAGAAGCUGUAAAGGUCCAACGACGUGAGAGCUGGUGCAUUAACGCGAAGGUUUGAAGAAGGGCUCGUCUCGUAGGCAGCACUGACCUUCAGGCUGAAAGGUCAAACAUUGUGAGGGCGGUGCCAGAUGGAUCAUGGUGGUCAGUUGGAGAGGGAGGCCAGAGAAAUGUCCCAAGCUCUGGUGGGCAGGGUUGACCUUUGUGAUAACCUACCCAGUCCUGAGGCUCUCACUGCCCAAACUCGAAAUCUCAAUGAAGCCAACACCCUCACACAGACUCAAAGUCUCUCUCCUUCACAAAAUGAAGACAGAGGAGGGCGUGGGCUCAUCCAAAAAGCCUCUCUCAGCAACAGUGGGAAGGACACGGAGGAGGAACAGGAAAAGGAGGGCUACAUGGCAGGAGGCAGAGAGGAGGAUGAGGAAGAAGACACUGAUGAGAUGAUGAAGGAUGAAGAAGAGGAGGAAGGAUCAGAGGGCUCAAGCUGUCUAAUUCGCUGCCAGUCUCCAGACACUCCCAUGACUGAUUCCUCCUAUUCAGAAACUGGCAGUCUGUUGGAGACUCCAUAUCCUUUCAGUCCUGGGACCAGUCCAGAGCCUACAUCCCCUGUAAUUCCAGUGGUCAGUCCAGAAACUGCAUAUCCCACUAGUCAAGUGGAACUGAGCCAGAGUGAUGUCAAAGUGGACUUAUAUAACUCCAACACUGAAUCAGUUGCCUCAGGGUCAAUUGCACUGGGGCCGACCUUCACCACAGGGCCUACAGAUUCAACUAAGCUGACUAUGACCUCAGACACCAACCCACCUGGGCCUACAUGUAUCAUACAAGCUACAAACACAAUAGCAAAAAAUACCAACUUCACUACAGAACAUCUUUCCUCAUCCACAGAGCCCCUGUUCAACCAUGGGCUUGCAUGUGCCAGAGGGGUUGGCAGUUCAUAUGCCGGACCCACCUCAACUGUGGAGACAUUGACAGUAACUGCUACAGCUACCAGUACAGAAUCCAAUUCCACUAUAGGACCUGUGACCUUAAACUGGGAACACAUUACCUCCACUCCUGCUCUGCUGGAGUCUCUCAAGCAGUUGGCGCAAAGAGGAGAUGACACUUACCUUCCACAGUACCUGCACCAGAUUGCUGAGGCCUUUGUUCUUCACGAAGACUACCAGCGGGCAUUAUGGUGUAUCCAGCUAGAGAGACUCUAUCACCAGAGAUUAUUGGACAAUCUGAAUGCACUACAAGAACAGUGGGAGAGUCGGUGUAGAAGGACUUCACCCCAAUUGGCAACCCAGCAUCUGGACACUCUUAAACACAUCUGCCAGACGCACAGUCGACCAAGAGCGAGAGAUGCUGUGUGUGCAUCUAUGGAUGUUCUGAGGCCUCCAUUUGAAGAAGGUGGUGCACAGCCACCAUGUACCUCCGCCCGACAGGUUGACAGAGGGAUGGAGCACAAAGAGAGAGGCGAAGACUCCUCCUGUUCGCAGAGCGGCCAUCCAGUCAUACCCUCCAUUAAAUUGGUUGAUGGGCUCAAUUCCCCUGAGAUCUCAGAGAAGGACAGGGAAGACCCAGACAGGGAAUUAGAGGGGAGGGACAGUUUCCAUGAAUCUCAGCUGACUGACAAGCAGGGCAGAGAUGGAGAGGGAGGAGAGGCAGAAGGAGGGGUAGGAUACGCCACUUCAAUCAUGGGAAAUGAACUGCACCCCUCCACAGCCGGAGAAAUGGAUCAGUCCAAGCCCGCAGAGCAGCAGGGAGGAGAUUUAGGUCUAGCACAGGAAAAGGAGGUAAAAAGGGAAGAAGAGGAGAGGGACGUGGAGGAAGCGGCCGAUGCUUUGGAGAUGGAAGAUGAGGGAGAGGAUGAAGAGGAGGAGAAGCAGAAGGUUAGAGACUCUCCUUUUUGUCAGAAAGCUCUCCCAGUGGAGACUCUGGUCAGCGGGGCAGAAGUGGAGGAACAACAGCUGCACCAGGAAGCCUCUGCUGGGGAGGAGCUACAUGAGGAGACUCAGGAUAAUGCUAAAACCUGCCUGCACCAGGAGGCCUGCCUUCCUCAAGAGGCUCAUUUGAAGCAGCAGGAGCAGGGUGAGGAGGAGGAGGAAGAGGAAGAGGAGUAUGAGUAUGAAUUGGAACAGGCUGACAUCAUCAGAGAAGCUGCCUCACUGGACGACAUGGCUAAACUCAUCACUGUAGAAGAGAUGUCUCCAGCCUCUGGCCUGGUCUCCAUAUUGAAGAAGCGGAGUGUUUGUGUGGACAACAUGAGUGUAUCUGGCAGCUCAGAGCCCCGGCCGAACAAACUCCCUGCUAAAAGACGUGUCCGCUUCAGAGUUCCUGAUGACGGCUAUGAGCAAGAUGUUGGCGGUGGGGACUCUUGCCUGCUUCUCUUCCUGCUUUGUCUGGUUACCGUAGUGAUCAGUGUGGGUGGCACCGCCCUUUACUGUGCUCUGGGCGAUGCCCACUCCUCUGUCUGUCAGGACUUCUCCCGAAAUGCAGACUUCUACAUUGGCCAGAUACAGCGCGGGAUAUCCCACAUCCAGCAUUGGUUCACCCCCGGGUCAUAGCAGCAAACAGUUUGUCAACCUUGUGGAGCCACUGGCCUUACUGUUUAUCACUGUAGGUUCCAGCAGUGCCUGCUACUUCCUGAGACAAUGUUUUCUGAGGUAAUGGUGCCAGGCAGCUGCUACAGUUCCUGUUGAUAUGUGGAAGCAAGUGGCUAUUGUGCUGCCUAAUUGGCUAAAUGAUUAUAUCAGAUAUGGCUGGCAUGUGUAGACCUGCUCUACUGCAUUUUUAAAGCUCUUUGAAUGCAGCCCCAUUGUUCAAUGAUACUUAAGUUUUAGGUCAGAUGUCCCUUUACAACCCUAGUCUGAAAGGGAAAGCAGAGCAGAGAGAGAAAGAGGAUAACGGGAGAAUGGACUUACUUCAUACCAGAAGAGGAAGAACUGAUUUACACCCCUCUCAACCCUGCCCACAUUAAAUAGGUUAUACAUUCUCAAGCAAGGUUUAGAAAUUCUUGCAAGUGUCCUGUUGAACACACAUUCAUUGUCAGCCAGUGAUACUUAAUAUUCAAUUUUCAAUCAACAAUGGCUGGAAACAAACUUUUAUUGACUCACAAUGGACUCCGAGACCCGACUCCCUCAGUUAAAAAUCAGAACAAAGUCAUAACAGCUGUAACCCACUGAGAUGUAAAAAAGUAUAUAUAAAGUGUAUAGUUUGUUAACUGGAGGGCACAGAGAUGCUACCUCCACACACACACUGCACAAAUGGGAUGUACCCCAUUGGGCAUUUUACAAACUGCUGCAACCACUAGUGUUGCUUUUAUUGUUGACUUUUUUAAAAUUGCAAAGUGAAAUUUUAAAAUGAACAAACUAUUCUGUGGUGUAAUACUUGGAAUGAAAGUAUUAUGUCUUAAUUAACCUUUGUAUGAAUGUUAGGAGUUUAGUUUUAAAACAUUGCUUUCUGUCAUCUGUGGGGCAUUCAUAUAUUGUCAGAAAAAAAAAAGAUUGAAAGGGUUAUUUUAGCAUUUAUCAAUAUUGAGCUGCUAAUGGACAACAGGCGCAUCAGAUAUGUCCCAUGGGGGAAAUUAUACAAUCUCAUUGUAUAUCACAGCUGUCAUCUUAAAGCAGCUACAAGGAACUUUUUUAUUUUAUAUUCAUUCUGGCGGGCUAUGUAGACAGUGUUUCCACUGCCUUUUUCUGUAUGAUUUUGAGGAGAAUCCGACCUAAUCCGACCCAGUGGCAGGCAUUACAAAUAUCUAUAUAGAAACAGACAACCUUCAUGCUGAUGGUCUUUUUUGCUUAUGCAGGUGAUACAGAGGCAUCAGUAUUCAAUUGAGACUCAUAACCAGUUAAAAACUCCUUUUAGUAUUUUAAGUUUUGCAUUACAUUUCCAAUGAGUAGAUGCUUAAGACCUGUACAUCAGCUGCACAGCUGUACUUUAUGUGUACUUUCCCCCCCUGCACACAUUUGACAGGUGUGUCCUGUUGCUGCCCUUUUCUGUAUAAUUACCAACAAUGCAUUGCAAUGAGCUGACAUGGCUUCCCUUGGAAACUAACAGUUCAAACUAUCAGUUCAUGAGUUUCAAUGAGCUAGAUUUAGCUUUGUGUAGCAUAUGCAACAUGUACAGCAACACAGUGCACCUCUGUAUAUAUUGUCAGAAGAAUGUUUAACAUGUUGCACAUACGACUGGUACGAUGUUUUAGUAUAUUGCAAUAUUUCUACAGGCAUUGUUGUGUUUCUAUACUAAACGUUUUCAGGUACAGUGAAUUAGUUAUGCACAGAGAACAGAACUUGAACAGAAAAUACUGUUCUGUCCGGUCUGGCUCGGUUUGGAAUAUUUAUGUAAAAAAAAAAACAGAUAAAUGAGAAUUGUACAAUUAAUGUUUAUAACAAUAAUUCUUCAGUGUACUUUAUCAACACAGGCCUUGAUGUUGAUGGGGUGCUUUGAAGCACUGUGUCAGUCCAGCUCUGCCUGCCUGUGUGUUUGCUGUUCUUAGGGACUCUGGGCGUCAGUGUGUGAUUGUCAUGUUUUCAAAUAUUUUUUUGCAACUCAGAAUGAUUUUUGCCUUCUUCAAGAAUUGUCUACUUAACAUUUGCCAUUUUUGUAAAGCAUAUGUUUAAUGUGUUUUGUAAAAAGGCUUAAACUUUGUCCAUGAAAGCCAUCUCAGGCCUUUAUUGUCACAUCCUUGCUUAACUCUUAUUUCUAAUCAUUUUAAAGCAAAUAAUAGUUGUUACUGUUGUCAUUUUACUAAUUAAUCUUACUGUUUGCCUACUCAGCCACCUCUGCCUCCAUACUUGUUGUGUCAUUUUAACAUACUGCAAUGUUUGGUGUUCUGUUAAAAUAUUUUUCCUUUCGUUUGCUGUAGUAGUAGAUGCCAUAAAAAAUAUUCUAGAAAAACCACAUAUCUCACAAAGUUCUUCACGUUCAGGAAGAAAACAAAUCUAUCAAAGAGAACAGAUUCAACUGUCUUACCUAUGCAUUUGUAACAGUUUCAGAUAAAAAACAUAUUAUCUUUAUCUCAUGGUGUAGCUCACAAAAACCUGAAAAUUAGUUUGAGAUGUGAGGUUUUUCCAGGAUGUAUGAAUUGGAGAUUUAAUCUUGUUUUUAUUUGCACAUGUUGUCUGGCUGGUUCAGAUGACUAUCACUCAGAAAACCUCUUAUUUAAUCUUCUAGACAAUUUUAAUUAUUUAUAAUAUGGGGGGUGUUGAGUGUAGGUGGUUAAGGAAAAACAGAGAUGCAUCUGUUUUUUGUUUGUUUUCCUUUCUUGUUUAUUGUAAUCAUACAGAUAGAUGGAUGUUUCAUGUCUUAAAUUGCCAUUUGUUCUUAAGGAGGCUUUGACAGAGAAUUUCUUAUUUUAUAAUCUAACUAUGAAUACGAUCAUCUGGGUCGUCAUUAUAUGUGGUUUAUUUUCAUUCAUUUUCCCUCAUCCGUUCAAGAGGAGUUGAAACUGGAGAGUUUGUGCUUCUGUUGUCAUUAUCACCUCCUUCACACAUAAGAUUGUUAAAAGGUUGAUGUUUCUUUCAUCUGAAAGCAUAGCUAUCUAAUGUAAUUUAGAUCUUCAUACGAGUGUUCAUUUGUUUUACCCAGUUGGUUUUUAACAGAAAUUAAUGGAUGAAAAGUCAUUAUUUUUUGUGUGAAUCGCUGCUCGAUGAAAGGUGUUUUACAAAUUGUUUGAUGAACUCUUUCACAUUGUUCUUACAGAUUGUAAUAAGAAGAUGAGGUUUUUAUUUUUUCUUGUCAAAAAACACCUCUUCCCUGGUAUGUCUCCUCUUAAAGCCGUUGAGAAAAA